AGGAAACAAAGAGAAACCUGGUUUGCUACUAGAUUUGGGCACGGCUCUCAUUUACGCAACGGAUCCUUCGUCCACAGAGACCAUCCCACUUUGCUCUUCCUAUUCUGCGUAACUCUCUGAGCUUGGGGAGGGCCAGGUGUGGUGGCGGGGUGAGUAAAACUAUGAGAACAAUGACAGCUGACGUUCCUAAGGUGUAACGAGCUACUGUGCUCCACUCCGCUUCACGAGACACUGCGACAGGUGUGACGGAGCACGCCUGCCAAGGAGGUGGCCAGGAGAACAAGAGCGCGAGCAAGCAAGGUCAGAACAAGCGAGAUCCAAAGAUCAGCCAUGGCCAACACAGACACAGACCUGCCUGCUGGAUCGGCGCAGCCCCCAAGCCAGUCUGCUUGCCCAGACGUGUCAUCAGACCCAAGGCCGGUCCCCUCAAGGCAGCCUGCCGGUGAGUUUUGUGACAAGGCUCAUGAAGGCAAAGCAAAGAGCUGCUCACCAGACAAAGUCUCAGAAGAUCCCAGACCUUUGGAGGCUGUGAAUGUGCAGGUGAAUGGCACCGGGGGAAAAAUGGGGCCAGAGCCCCCCAAGAUCAUGGGCACCAAUAACGAGAUAGAAGAUCCAGAACUUGAGAGGUCAGAAGAAGUACAAGACCAAGAAAAAGGUCCCGAGGUGGCCAGUGAAGAGGUGACCCUCACGGAGGCUGGAGACCCGGAGGACGCCCUGAGCCCGGGCGAUGUGGCGUGCGACUCGUGCAUCGAGAGCCCCCGCCGGGCGUGCAAGUCCUGCCUCACCUGCCUGGUGUCAUACUGCAAGGCUCACCUGCGCCCCCACCUGGAGAACACACGCUUCCAGAGUCACCGGCUGGUGGAGCCACUGCAGGACAUGGAGAUACGCUCCUGUGACAUCCACCACUGGCCCCUGGGGCUAUACUGCAACCAGGAUGGGUGCUGCGUGUGCCAGGAAUGCGCCAAAGGGGGGCACGGAGGGCAUGACAUCAUGCCUGCCAGACAAGCGCGGCAUCUGAUUGAGAAGGAGCUGGAAAACAAGCGGAUGGAGAUGCGGAGAAGUGUCACCGCCGCGGACAACGCCAUCCAGAAGCUGCACAGCAACACCGCCUCCAUCGAGGCCUCUGUGGCUGAGGUGCACAACAUGAUCAGGCAGCAGUUCAGCAGGCUCCAGGCCGUGGUCGAAAAGGCCCAGAAGGAGGUGACGGAGAUCCUGGACGGUGAAGCCAGGCAGGCCUUCAAGCAGGCCGACGGCAUCCGGACGCACCUCGAGCACAGAUGCAGAGAGCUGAGGAAGACACAGGCACACAUGGAUAAGCUCUCCAGGCAGAGUAACGACAUCGACUUCCUGCAGGAAUACUCGCAGUGGAAGCAGGAGUCUCUGGAUUUCUCCCUGCCCAGCGUGUACAUCAGCCUGGCGGAUCGCAUGACCUGCUUCAGUCGCACCGUCAUGGAGGCGACCACGGAACUGAGCGAGCACCUGCCGUCCAUCUACAGGGAGAAGCUGAAGGGAUCGGAUAAGGCCGAUAAAAUUGGGAUAAAGACGAUGGUUCGUGCACUGACUGCCCUGAAUCACGUCAAUCCGAAGACCCGAAAUGACUUUCUGAAGUACUGCACCCCGCUGAGCUUCGAUGCUGACACCGUCCACAGGUUCCUGCGGCUAACCAAGGAGAACAGGAAGGUCACCAACACCACCCCUUGGCAGCACGACUACCCGGACACAUCACAGCGCUUCGAGCACUGGAGGCAGGUGCUGGCGGUGGAGAGUUUCUACCUGGGCCAACACUACUUUGAGGUGGAGGUGAUCGGAGAAGGGGUGCAUGUGGGCCUCACCUACAAGAGCAUCGACCGGAAGGGCGAGGGCACCAGCAGCUGCAUCAUGGGUAAUAACUUAUCCUGGUGCCUGCAGUGCGGGAAGCGCGGCUUCUCCGCCUGGCACGGUGACGCCGAGACGCCCCUAAAAGCGGACGGGUUCACGCAUAUAGGCGUCUACGUGGACUACAGACGAUCCUGGCUGGCCUUCUUUGGUGUGAGCGACACCAUGACCCUCCUUCACGAAUACCGCGCCGAGCUCCUGGAGCCCCUGUUCGCUGCCGUCUGGCUCCCCAAGAAGGACAACUCCGUGAUGCUCAUUGGGCCUGAUGACACCCCAUCUGAGACGGGCUCCUUGGCCCCUUCCACUUCUCCCAAUGCCACCACCGUGGCCACCAACACUAAUGGAACCAGUGCAACGCAACAAAGUUAAGGCCUCAACCGUUUAGUUAGUGAACGUCAGCAGAAUUGGAGGCGUUGCCAGCCCUAGCAGAUAAAGUAUAACAUCAUUAACAAAUUUCUGAAUGAGUCCUUUUACUUUUCAACGCUAAACAGAACGCAGCUCCUGUGCUCAUGAGGCAGCUCUGCUUCAGCCAUUUCAGGAAGCACCGGCUCCUCGCUGGGUCAGCUGACACACAGAUGACACUGUGGCGUGACUAACCGCAGGAAAACAAAAGGCAUGCGUCACUUUGCAUAACGAUUGGAGAGCAGGCAGGUGGCAGGCGACCGGGGCCCACGCACUGGGGAAGUGCUGAGGACCCGUCCAGCCGGUUUCCACAGGAAGACCAAAUGCCUUUCAAGCCACAAAGAAGUAGUGAGUGUUAUUUUAGCUUGCUUACCUGGGCUGACCUGUACAAAUUACUGCCCAGUCAAAACUCCACAUCAGCCUGUGGUCACUGACGCUGUCACACCUGACUUCUAUACGUCUAUUUCUCACUUUUAUUUUUAAUAAAUAUUUAUGGAUAAAAACUGUUUGCUGUAUCUUUAUUAUUAAAAUUAGUUCAGCAAUAUUUUUAAAGAUGGCACUGCAUUUAUUACUCUUAGAAAUGUCACAUUUUACAUUUCACAGCAAGUUCGUACAGUUCUGUACAAUUAUAACUAAAUGAAGAUUCACUGAGACCCGGGAGGAUUUGGUACCACAAUUCAGUGUCAGUAAAAACAAGGUGAAAUAAGAGCAAUUGUAAAGUGUGGCUCUCCACAGGGAAAGAGCUUAGAACCCCUUAAAACAAAUACUUAUAAUAACAAUGAUAUU